AUGGGGCAAAUUGAUACCAAACAUAUGGGGCAAAUUGGUACCAAACGUUUAGGUCAAAUUGGAAUUUCCGGAACGUACACAAGAUCAUCGGGACAUUCACGAAGAAGAGUUGUGCAUCCGACAAGAGCCGAGGGGUCAAAUUUUAUGCGGAGGAGUAAUGUAUUCUCCUGCCCGAAUCAAGGGUGUCACAGUACAUUUGUUUGGAAACGAAAUCUAUUGAGUCAUCUUCGAUAUCAAUGUGGCAAAGCACCAAAAUUCAAAUGCCCCUAUUGCGACUAUAAAUGCAAAGUUAGGGCCGAUGCCUUUUAUCGAGGUCUGCAAAAACAAUUGGCCAGUAGAAACGAAACUUAUCAUAUUACGACUGGAAAAUUUCACUGUCCCACGUGUAAUAGAGGCUACGGAAGAUGGGACAACAUGUUACAACAUUUCAGGGACGAAUGUAACAAGAAUCCUAGCUAUAAAUGCCCUUACUGUGAUCAAGUUAAAUUAUUCCGGCUCUAUAAUUCAGGAGAAGAUGAGAUUAAUCAAGUUCCAUGUGAAGGUCGACAUUUAUGUCCUACUUGUGGUCGUAGCUAUAAAAAUCGCAAGCACAUGCUUUGCCACUAUCGAAACGAGUGCUCGAUAACAAAACGAUUCUCCUGUCCCUAUUGCAAUAAACGCUAUACCCAACGUGCCAAAGUUUGGAGGCAUAUUCUUCCAGCCCAUCCUAACAAAGAAUUAUUUUUGGCGAGAAGAAUUUUAAGACAAAGAAGUGUACAAACGUACAAUGAAGAAGUUCGUGACAAAGAAGAUGAAGAUUAUAACGAUGAUGAAUUUUAUUACAAACAACCGACACUUGGCAGAGGGGGGAAAAAAUAUCAGUGCCAUAGGUGUCUUAAACGAUAUAAAGCGAAAACGUCGUUAAUUACACAUGUCAGCUAUCAAUGUGGACAGAUACCACGUUUUUCUUGUCCAUAUUGCGGAAAGGGGAAUCAUCAAAAAAUUUUGGUUCUCAAGCAUGUGCAGAAACAUCAUCCAAAGCAACCCGAGGCUGUCAUUGACAAUACUGACUGUGAUCUAAUGAAUCACUUGAAAUAUUUCGGCGAAACUGGAUUUUUGCCAAUGUGA